AUGGCCGUCUCGACCCAGGUUCAGAAUUCCAAUCGGAAAAUUUCGCGUUGCAUUGAUCUCUCCAGCUGGCAUUAUAACGAGCUCGAGGUGGCGAAAGGGCUGCUGCUGUUGUUUGUGGGCAUGAAAAAACUGCCGAUCGAAGAGUCUGGCGAUAAGCUACCAUUUCGUCUGCGACGACGACCUCGUGGCUCGUCCGAACGGCCUGCUCUACUAGACCUCGAGGAGCCGCGUUGA